ACAUUAAAUUCAAUCACCUAUUGUAUUCGUAAAAUUGUCUUUGAAAUUGUAAUGUUACUGUCAAAAUAUAAAAUCAAAAACUAUGACAAAAUUGUAGCCCACCCAUAAUGAAAAUAAAAUAAAAAUGGAAAAACAAACAAUGAAAAGGAUUAAACUUGUUCAUCCAAUGAAAUUCCAGUCGACAUCAUUAUCGAAUGCAGCGCCCGAAUGUAAGAUAGUAAAAAACGGAACGCGCCUUCGGUCCAAAGUUGCAAUGAAUAAGCGAGAAGCUUCUGUAGACGGUGGUUCAAUCCCAGAUCCCACGUUGCCACACCUCAAAUACGGAAUGUUCACGAAAAAAAAUGUCAACAGAAUUCAAAAUAAAACUGUGAGUUCAUCUAAAGACGAAAACACGAAAACAUUUUGCGCCCAGGAUCAACAAACGCGUUCGCCAACUACAUGCGUCAAAUCGAAGAGCUCCCGCAGGCCGGUAGCGACGAGGAAUUUAGGUAUCUCUCAGAUAUACCACGUCGAUGUGAAGCCACAGCGCAAACUGCCAAUAUCCCCAACGCACAGAGCCACGUCGCCUCUGCACAGAAACUACAGGAAUAGGAAGCUACACUUGUCGCCAAAAAAACGGGCUUCCUUGUUAUAAACGUUGUACGUAUGCCUAGGGCGAGUUUUUUAACUUCUCGAUCGCGUAAAAGUUAACUCGAAUUUGUAUGGAGUCAGAAUAGCUUCUUUUCGUUAAGGACGCUGUUCCAAGUCCAUACAAAUUUGAGUUUAACUUUAACGCGAUCGAGAAGUUAAAAAACUCGCACUAAGCGCACUGGAGGGUAGAGGUAAGGAGAAAUGUCUCGCCCGGGACGAGUCCAGCUGUGAGCGGACGCUAUAGAUCAGUGUGCUUAGGAGUGCAUUUGUGUGCAUUUGCAGUGCAUUUGUACGGAAUGGGAUCGUUUGCGUACGUUUGCCGCUAGGGGCGCUGUUCCAACUGCAUACAAAUAUGAGCUAAAUUUUACGCUAUCGAGAAGGUUAAAAAACUCGCACUAAGCACACUAGAGUCCACCACGCAGCGCGGCGUGGCGAUUGGCGCGAUGUUAUUAUAGCAGUCAUAAGCGGAGCGAAAUGUGACAACUCUAACAGUUCAACGUUUUGGCGCCAUCUUUGACAUAACGCCACUCGCUAAUAUGGAGAGUAGAGGUAAGAAGAACCGUCUCUUAUGGGAGAAGCUUGAAAAAGUGUCCCACUUUCAGCACUAAAUAACAGUUCAAAAUCCUCCGGAAUGGUGCUAGCAUAGGCAAAGGGUAUGAUAUGAAUUGAGCAGUUGUUAACUGAUUGAAGUAUGCUGAAUUAUGAAAUUAAAUACAUUUAAUCACUAGAGUAGUUAGUGACAGUACAAUAAAUACAAGACCUCACAUGUUUACGUAGUCCAAACUAAUUUCGUCAUUAAAACCUAAAAUUAUUGCUGUGGUAAAACGUGGAGACAUCGAUUGCAUUUUCUUAUCAGCUUGAAAUAAGAUACUUUUUGUGAUUUUGUAGUGCUUACAGUUAUUUCGUUCUUUUUUAUUUGUCUAUCUUAUCCUAAUAACUUUCAGCGCCUUUUUUAAAAUUUACCCGGUUAACGGAUACUUUUUCACACAGAGACGUUUCUCCUUACCUCUACCCUCCAUAAAAUUUAAUUUUUGGCACAGACUACAAAGACAUGCUCACUAGACGUAUUUUUUUAAUUAGAUAUUUUUCCAAAUGAAGCUAUGUAUGUUUUUUGGUGUGAUCCGUAGAUGAAAAAAAGAAUAUCAUUCGAAAAAUUCAGUAGCAUUUAUUCUAGUCAUAGAUAAUACACUUAAUAUUUGAGAUGAUUCUAGUGUUUCUAUAAUUAAGGCAAUGUUCAAUGUCGAGGAAUAAUUUACUUUAUGAAUAUUGAAAAGUAAACGAACAAAAUAAACGCGAGAUAAAAUCGUUAAA